UGGCCCAGGUCCGUGGCACUCUUCCUGACCACCUGACCACACACACCGUCCCAAUGCCACCAUGCCCAUCAUCAGCAACGCUAACCAUGACUUCACCAACUACUCGGUCAGCAGCGACAACAGCAGCCUGGACCGCUUCUUCACAGAGAUCCCAGAGACAGAGACAGUCAAGGGAGUGUACUAUCAGCGCGCCCAGCUGCACCGCAACAACCCCGACGGGGCCUGGCCAUCUAUCGACCACACCCUGCAGGCCUUGAUCAACGUGGGUGGUAACCGCUACACGUUCCCCUGGACCACCCUGGAGCAGUUCCCUCUCACCCGGCUUGGGCGGCUGCGUCUCUGCUCCAGCCCCGAGGACAUCGCCAGGCUCUGUGACGACUACGAUGAGACCCAGAGGGAGUACUUUUUCGACCGGAGCCCCACAGCGUUCCGGGUCGUCUUGAACUUCCUGGCGGCCGGGAAGCUCCGCCUCCUGCGGGAGCUGUGUGCCGUGUCACUGCACGAUGAGCUGGACUACUGGGGGGUCGACCCCGCCUACAUGGAACGCUGCUGCCGCCGGCGCAUGUUGACACGAGUCGAGGAGGUGGCGGAGCGUGAGCGUAAGGAGGAGGAGUGGAGACAGAGGAGGAUGAAGCUACAGAGGCUCCCCCUGUUGGCUGAGACGGAGACGGGCUACCGCAGGCUGAUGAGCAGGUUGAGAGAGGUGGUGGAGAACCCCCACUCUGGCUUGGCAGGGAAGAUGUUUGCCUGCUUCUCUGUGAUCAUGGUAGCUGUGACAGUCAUCAGCCUCUGUAUCAGCACCAUGCCGGAUCUACGCCAAGAGGAGAGCAACGGCGAGUGUUCCCAGAAGUGUCGUAACAUGUUUGUUGUGGAGACGGUCUGCGUAGCGUGGUUCUCCUUGGAGUUCCUGCUGCGGUUCCUCCAUGCUCCAUCCAAACUAGAAUUUGCCCGCGGGCCCCUGAACAUCAUUGAUGCCGUGGCCAUCCUACCCUACUACAUCUCUCUGGUGGUGGUGGAAAACAACACGACUCUGGAGGAUGGCAGUGCAGGGGCAGGUAGGGGGUACCUGGACAAGCUGGGUCUGGUCCUGCGUCUAAUGCGUGCAUUACGUAUCCUGUACGUGAUGCGGCUGGCGCGCCACUCCCUGGGCCUCCAGACCCUGGGCCUGACCAUGCAGCGAAGCACCCAAGAGUUCAGCCUCCUCCUGCUCUUCAUCACCGUCGGCAUGGCCCUCUUCUCUCCCAUGGUGCACCUGGCCGAGAGCGAGCUGGCGCCCAACGCCGCCACCGCGCCCCAGCACAGCUUCAGCAGCAUCCCAGCUUCCUAUUGGUGGGCCAUCAUCUCCAUGACGACCGUGGGCUACGGGGACAUGGUGCCGAGGAGCAUCCCGGGUCAGGUGGUUGCGCUGAGCAGCAUCCUGAGUGGAAUUCUCAUCAUGGCGUUUCCUGCUACUUCCAUCUUCCACAUGUUCUCCAGGAGCUACCAGGAGCUGAAGCUGGAGCACGAGAGGCUGUGGAAGGAGGAGACGGGGGCCGCUCUGGCCGCCGACAACCUGGAGAACAGGAGGGAAAGGGAGGCGGAGAGGGAGGCGGAAGUAGAGGUGAAGGCGGAAGCUGUCGCGGAAACGGACAGCUACUGGCCCAGACGCCGAGACUUUGUGGAGUCUCUGUGCCAGUCCCUUGGAGGAGGGAACGGAGGGAUGACAGAGGGGCAGCAGGCUACGCUCCCGGCUGGGGGGAACAGAGAGAUGACAGAGGGGCAGCAGGCUACGCUCCCGGCUGCAGCAUUCUGAUCUGAAGAAGGAUACCAGACCUGAUGCUUACUCCGACACUGUAAAAAGUGGGAUGACACUGUUGUUCGUCUGAAUUGCUUUUUCUGAUUGGUAUAAUAGAAAAUUAGGCUUUGGUUCGUUCAACUUGUUCUAUGCUAUUUGUCUGAAAUCAAAUAACACAUUUGAGAGAUCAGUUUUCUUAUUUUUUCAAUAUUGUCUCAUCGCUGCAAAUCCCCAACGGGCUCGGGAGAGGCGAAGGUGGAGUCAUGCUUCCUCCGAAACAUGACCCGCCAAACCACGAUUCUUAACACCCGCCCGUUUAACCCAGAAUGCAGCCACACCAAUGUGUUAGAGGAAACACCGUUCAACUGACGUCCAGGGUCAGCCUGCAGGCACCCGGCCCACCACAAGGAGUCGCAAGAGCGCUAUGAGCCAAGUAAAGCCCCACCGGCCAAACUCUCCCCUAACCCGGACGACGCUGGGCCAAUUGUGCGCUGUCCUAUGGUACUCCUGGCCACGGCCGGUUGCGGCACAGCCCAGUCAGCCUUAGACCACUGCUCCACUCGGCCCGGGAUUUUUUUAAUUGAAUGAAAUCGAUAUUCUUAUUGCAUAGUGGUGGGUGCAAUGUAGCGGUGGCAGCCUAUCAGAGAAGUUGUAGCCAUGGCCUAAUGGGGGGGCAUGGUUUUCAGUUUGUUAAUUUUGGCCACCCGUGAGAAUGAAUGUCAUUCUAGGUAAUGUGUUCUGUUUUUAAACGUUUAUAUGUUCACUGCCAUCACUGAAGCUGAAAUGAUAUCUGCGUAAGUACUGUGACACUAAAGAGCCUGGAAGAGUUCCCGUUGACGAGAUGGACACCAUUUGGUUACGAUAUUAUAUAUAUAUACUGGUUACGGUAACCAGUAAAUGUGAAAGUCUUAUAUAAAGAGAGUGUUUGGAGUCAUUAUUUCAUGUUAUGGAACCAACUAAAUAUGUCGAGUAGCCCUUUACACUCGUACCUGUAUAUGAAUUCAAAAUGGCAGAUUUGGAAACUGAUAAGCGCCUAAAUGGGAAUGCAGUGGCUGUACAGUAACAUGCUAUACAUGACGUCAGAGCUCAGUGGCUGUACAGUAACACGCUAUACAUGACGUCAGAGCUCAGUGGCUGUACAGUAACAUGCUAUACAUGACGUCAGAGCUCAGUGGCUGUACAGUAACACGCUAUACAUGACGUCAGAGCUCAGUGGCUGUACAGUAACAUGCUAUACAUGACGUCAGAGCUCAGUGGCUGUACAGUAACAUGCUAUACAUGACGUCAGAGCUCAGUGGCUGUACAGUAACACGCUACACAUGACGUCAGAGCUCAGUGUCUGUACAGUAACACGCUAUAGAUGACGUCAGAGCUCAGUGGCUGUACAGUAACAUGCUAUACAUGACGUCAGAGCUCAGUGGCUGUACAGUAACACGCUAUACAUGAUGUCAGAGCUCAGUGUCUGUAAAGUAACACGCUAUACAUGACGUCAGAGCUCAGUGGCUGUACAGUAACAUGCUAUACAUGACGUCAGAGCUCAGUGGCUGUACAGUAACAUGCUAUACAUGACGUCAGAGCUCAGUGGCUGUACAGUAACACGCUAUACAUGAUGUCAGAGCUCAGUGUCUGUACAGUAACAUGCUAUAGAUGACGUCAGAGCUCAGUGGCUGUACAGUAACACGCUAUACAUGACGUCAGAGCUCAGUGGCUGUACAGUAACACGCUAUACAUGACGUCAGAGCUCAGUGGCUGUACAGUAACACGCUACACAUGACGUCAGAGCUCAGUGGCUGUACAGUAACACGCUAUACAUGACGUCAGAGCUCAGUGGCUGUACAGUAACAUGCUAUACAUGACGUCAGAGCUCAGUGACUGUACAGUAACACGCUAUACAUGACGUCAGAGCUCAGUGGCUGUACAGUAACAUGCUAUACAUGACGUCAGAGCUCAGUGACUGUACAGUAACACGCUAUACAUGACGUCAGAGCUCAGUGGCUGUACAGUAACAUGCUAUACAUGACGUCAGAGCUCAGGGUCUGUACAGUAACAUGCUAUACAUGACGUCAGAGCUCAGUGGCUGUACAGUAACACGCUAUACAUGACGUCAGAGCUCAGUGGCUGUACAGUAACACGCUACACAUGACGUCAGAGCUCAGUGGCUGUACAGUAACACGCUAUACAUGACGUCAGAGCUCAGUGUCUGUACAGUAACAUGCUAUACAUGAUGUCAGAGCUCAGUGUCUGUACAGUAACAUGCUAUACAUCGUCAGAGCUCAGUGGCUGUACAGUAACACGCUAUACAUGACGUCAAAGCGCAGGGUCUCUUCUGAACAGAUCUGUUUUUGACUGACAGCUGUUCUGAAAUUGAGCACCGCACGCGACAAGAAGUGGCCCCCAUCCCUCCUACUAAUUGGGCAACUUUUACCAUUUUUCUGUUUUGUCUGAGUGAGGGAAAUGCUGUAAAUUUCGAGGACUCUAUAUAUUUUUUAAGAUUAGCCAUUGAGGAUUAGAAUAAAUACCGCUUCGCCCGUCAUUCAAGUAAACCAAACACCCGUGACUCAAAAUGUGUACUUCACAUUUCCAUAUCAUAGAACUCAUGUCAUAUACAGUUGUCAACGUUUAUGAUCACUAUGUUUGUUGUACAGUUACCAGAUGACAUGGGGUUAUACCCUGGGUUGUCCUGAACACAAUGAGCCUGUUUGAUGUAUUGUGAAGAUUUGCUGCAGACCACGCAUCUGAAUGCACAUCUGAAUCCUUUCUAUGCCACCAAAAUUAUGUAUUUUUAGAAAAAUUUAAAAAUAUGUAUUUUUAUUGAACUAGGCAAAGUCAGUUAAGAAAAAUGUCUUAUUUUCAAUGACGGCCUAGGAACAGGGUAUAACUGCCUUGUUCAGGGUUAGAACGACAGAUUUUUACCUUGGGGAUUCGAUCCAGCAAACUUUCGGUUACUGCCCAACGCUCUAACCACUAGGCUACCUACCGCUCCACUGGAAGCCAAACACUGUAACAUCGUAUUUUAUAAUUUAGCUAGUCAUGUUGGCAAUAGAACAAGCUUUGAAAUGAUGCCCACCUGACCCAGAUUCCAAAUAUAAUGAACCGUUUUGUGAUUGCGUAAACAACAACAGUAAUUGUAUAAAGGCAAUGACGCAGGGCUGAGUUCCAAAGACAACAACUACAAGUUGGCUUGCUCUACUUCCUCAACGGCACAGCUAGGAGACCUCAAAAAGCACUUUACAGAUGAAAACUCUUCUUUGACUCAUAAAAGUCUAUUGAUAUUACUUAGGAACUGUGUACAGUUUGAAGAGGUGUGUGGCCACUUGGAAACACUAAGUUAGACCUCUCACUCAAACCCUUGUCAUUUUUUUAGUCUUAUGUUGCACCUACCCACAUUUUUACAAGAAUAUUCUUAUCGUCAUGUUACUGAAUGUAUCCAGAGUAUUCUCAGAUUUCGUUGUCAACACAUGCUGCGAAAAGUACAGUAAAUGUAAAAUGUACAUAAAAUCAAGUGUAAUAUUUGGAUUCAGUCUUGUGUCAGAUUAACUGUUGUGUCCCCACCUUUUAGUCUAAUCAUUUCCCCAUAAUCUCUACUGUUCCCUUUUAGUUUCUACCGUGAGUUUCCCUAUUUCUUCUGUGGGAACCAUUUCAAUUUAGCGCUAUCCAUAUAGGAAAAUUCCCACGAGUGUAAAGGGGUUAAAAGGAAAUGUAUUUACUUGAAUGCAACCCAAUUAAACAUAGUGAAAAAUCUACUUGGUACAACAUGAAAAAAUGGGUUGUAUAUAUAUAUAUAUAUAUAUCACUGUUUUUUUUAUCUCCUUGAUGCAAUUUUCACAAGUGUGUGGUACAUUUUCACAACUCUGACAUGUUGACCACACCGCUCACGUCACAAAAUAAAUGUACACAUACAUGUUCUCAAUCAUUGCACACAUGCUGCUCGCGUGCGCCAAUGAGCGACUGCGUAGCCAGGCGCUAAAAUUGAACUUGGUUCUACUUGUGACGCUUAAUUAAUGCACUGAAGUCCGGGCUCUCCCAUCUCCUCAUUGUAUUUUAGGAGUAUAUACCCACGUGGGUGAUUGAAAGAUGAACUGACGUCCAUACUCCAGUCCUUUUCGUUGUGGUAAUGCACCUUAGAGUUGGUUGCCAACCGCCAUAUAAAGACCAAAGAAGAAGAAGCCUGAAGGAGGAGAGAUCACUAGAAACAAACUCUGUUUACCCUUUUAUGUGUGGAUUAAUUGUCAGAGUAGAGGACCUUGUGCAUUUCAGGUAAAAUAACAACCCAAUGUUUACAUCCCAGGAUAAAUUAGCUAGCAACAGCAAGCUAGCUAGCUGAAUUGCCAUAAAUGUUUAAUGCUUUUCGACCUCUCCCCAAAUUAAUAUAAUUGGUUCAGAGCUCGUUUUGACAUUUCAACGUGCAAGUCCUGAUCUCGUCUGGUGUGGGGGGGGCAAAAUCAAUGCUCUGGCCAGCAUGUUAGUACAAAACUCAAAACAGAUCAUCAAAAAGACAAAUCAUACAGUCACUUUUUUUCACUGAACUUAAUCAGUGUUUUCUAGAAAUGCAUGUUUCAUAUUGCAAUACAAUGCUCGUAUAAAGUAAUUGUCUUUCGCAAUGCAAUGCUCACAUUACUGUUGAUAUGGUUCCCUCAUUUGUUAAAAGACAUUUUACUAUUACUUAAUCCGACUGCUCUUAAUUGAUGAUCACAAAUGUUUGGUAAACCUGUAGAUUUGACCGUUUUGUCUACUACAGAUCAUGAGAACUACAUGAUGAAAAUGUAUGUCUGUAAAGUAUAAACUUAAAAAGUACGAUAUUUACUUCAAUGUUCUACUAUGACGAUGAUUAUUAUGAUUUUACUUCACAGUAAAUAAAUAAAAAAUCGGAUAUACUCUAUGUAACAAAAUAAAAUCUAAGUUUAUUGGUCACGUACACAGAUUAGCAGAUGUUACAGCAGGUGCAGCGAAAUGCUUGUGUGUAACAGUCCUGACCUGUUUUAUGUUGUUUUUAUGUGUUUAUGGUCAGGGCGUUAGUUUUGGGUGGGCAGUCUAUGUUAUUUGUUUCUAUGUUGGUUUUGGUUUGCCUGGUAUGGCUCUUGAUUAGAGGCAGGUGGUUUGCGUUUUCCUCUAAUCAAGAGUCAUAUUUAGGUAGGGCAUUCUCACUGUUUGUUUGUGGGUGAUUGUCUCCUGUGUCAGUAUGUAUGUUCGUACCACACUGGACUGUAGCGUUUGUUUGUUUCGUUUCGUUUCGAUGUCGUCUGUUUCCUGUACGUAAGUUUAUGUUUAGUUAUGUAAGUUUAUGUUCAGGUCUCGUCAACGUCGUUUUGUUAUUUUGUAGUUUUGAAAGUGUUUUGUUUCGUUUCGUGUUACCAUCUUUAUCGUUGUUAUAAUAAAGAUGGCUUAUUUCCCAAA